GAGAAUAAAAAAGAAAGACGAUUUUCUCUGCUCCUCUCUCCCUUUCGCUCGAUCGCUCGAUUUUCUCUGAAUCCCUUCCUACGCAGCUCGACCGAUUGCGGCUUUCCUCGGCGGCGUUGCGCUGAGUUCGCACGCCGGAUAAAUCAUGGCGACGGCUUCUGUGGCUUUUAAAUCUAGGGAGGACCACAGGAAACAGAUUGAAUUGGAAGAAGCACGAAAAGCCGGACUCGCUCCAGCUGAGGUUGAUGAAGAUGGCAAGGAAAUUAAUCCUCAUAUUCCGCAGUACAUGUCGUCUGCGCCAUGGUAUCUCAAUGCCGAGAGACCUAGCUUGAAACAUCAAAGGAAAUGGAAAUCAGAUCCAAAUUACACAAAAUCUUGGUAUGACAGAGGCGCAAAAAAUUUUCAGGCUGACAAGUACCGGAAAGGUGCAUGCCAGAACUGUGGUGCCAUGACUCAUGAUUCGAAGGCAUGCAUGGAAAGACCCCGGAAAGUGGGAGCCAAAUAUACAAACACACACAUUGCACCUGAUGAAAAGAUAGAGACCUUUGAGCUUGACUAUGAUGGUAAGAGAGACCGGUGGAAUGGCUAUGACGCGUCAAGCUAUGCUCUUGUGAUUGAGAGAUAUGAAGCUAGGGAUAAUGCUCGAAGAAAAUAUCUUAAGGAACAACAGCUGAAGAAAUUAGAGGAGAAGAACAAUAACCAAAAUGGUGAGGAUGGUGAGGAAGAUGAUGAUGAGGAAGAUGAUGAUGAUGACGACUUAAGAGUGGAUGAGGCAAAGGUCGAUGAAAGCAAGCAGAUGGACUUUGCAAAGGUUGAGAAGCGUGUUCGCACAACAGGUGGUGGAAGUACUGGAACUGUUAGGAACCUUCGUAUUCGGGAGGAUACGGCAAAGUACCUUCUGAAUCUAGAUGUCAAUUCAGCUCACUAUGAUCCUAAAACUCGGUCCAUGCGUGAGGAUCCCCUCCCAGAUGCUGAUCCAAAUGAGAAGUUUUAUGGGGGUGAUAACCAAUACAGGAAUAGCGGUCAAGCUCUUGAAUUUAAGCAGCUUAAUAUACAUGCUUGGGAAGCAUUUGAGAAAGGGCAAGACAUCCACAUGCAAUCAGCGCCAUCUCAAGCUGAGUUGCUUUACAAGAAUUAUAAAGUUAUUAAGGAAAAAUUGAAGUAUCAAACAAAGGAUACCAUCCUGGAGAGGUAUGGCAAUGCAGCUGCAGAGGAAGAGCUCCCAAGAGAGCUGCUCUUGGGACAGAGUGAGAGAGAAGUGGAAUAUGAUCGUGCUGGUAGGAUCAUUAAGGGGCAGGAGUCAGCACUGCCCAGAAGCAAGUAUGAGGAAGAUAUUUUUAUUAAUAACCACACUUGUGUUUGGGGUUCAUGGUGGAAGGAUCAUCAAUGGGGCUACAAGUGCUGCAAACAGACUAUCAGAAAUAGCUACUGUACGGGCACUGCUGGAAUUGAAGCCGCCGAGGCAGUAAAUGAACUAAUGCAAUCAAAUAUUGCUCGAAAAGGGGCCACAGAAGAUGUAGCUGCCCCAGUGGAGGAGAAGAGGCUGGCUACCUGGGGAACUGAUGUCCCUGAUGAUUUGGAGUUGGACCAGAAACUUCUUGCUGAAGCACUUAAGAAGGAGGAUAUAAGAAAGCGAGAAGAGAAAGAUGAAAGGAAGCGCAAGUACAAUGUCAGAUGGGAGGAUGAGGUUACUGCUGAGGAGAUGGAGGCGUAUCGGAUGAAGAAGAUACACCAUGAUGAUCCAAUGAAAGCCUUUCUCAGCUAGGUAGAUAGAUAGCAUGUAAUGGUCAGCUGGUCUACUCGGAACACAUACGCUAUCGAUGUUAUGUGAUCAUUUGUAGUGCCUCAAAAUAACCAUAUGCUUAGUCCCAAGCAGGACUUUAAAAGGCUCCGUCUUACUGGGUCUCCCUAGACGUUAAAACAGGGUAAGAUCCCGCAGGGCUCUCCCGCCACAACCCCCUCAAAAAUGGGGGGUAAGGGACCCCCCUCUGACCCUCGUGAUGCCGGGCCCCAGACCUCCGGGGGAGGUAAAAGGGAAUGAAGAGGCCAGGCCGAAAGGCCUGGUGUAUCGGAUGAAGAAGAUACACCAUGAUGAUCCAAUGAAAGCCUUUCUCAGCUAGGUAGAUAGAUAGCAUGUAAUGGUCAGCUGGUCUACUCGGAACACAUACACUAUCGAUGUUAUGUGAUCAUUUGUGGUGCCUCAAAAUAACCAUAUGCUAGUGUGUUCCCCUAGUAUUCUGUAUUGAAUCUAGCCUUGUGGCAUCUGUUGGGAGUUCUGUUUGGCAAUUGUUUCUGCUGCAGGAUGAAUACAAAGCUGAAUAUUGGGGAAUUCUUAUGCUUUUUGGUUGUUUAGUUUAUUUAUUGAUAUAAUGAAGGUGAUGUAUUCAAUAAA